ACAACUGUUAUUUUGUUUUGUUUUUGUUUUUUUGUUUUUCAGUUCAACUGCACUUGUCAAUAGACGCAGUACAAAAUGCACAGUAUAAAGCACUAACUCAGCACUGGACCCAACAGGUUCUUCACCUCUGUCGCGACUCUUGAGUAAAAAGAGCCCUAAUGUUUACAAAUUGGGAUUGAUCCCCACCUUCUCCCUCAACUCUCAGGCCUGAUUACUCUCACCCAUGUUCAGUAUUUUGUAAUUCAUCUAUAUUCCAUCUUGUGGAAUUAAAAAUACUUGGCUUAGAGCUGAAAGGUUACCAGUGGAUAACGCUCCAGCAGCAGUUGUAGCUGUUAGCAAAUAUUUUUGCACAGGAGGCUUAAGCGCUGUGGCUGCAAAACUGUCAGUCAUGAGUACCGGGGAGAUACAUCAUCUUGACUAUCUAAAUGAAAAUGAACUGAUGGAGAUGGAUACCUUCAUCCACCGCAUUGACUCUACAGAGGUGAUCUACCAGCCACGGAGGAAGAGGGCAAAGCUGAUAGGAAAGUACUUGAUGGGGGAUCUGCUGGGGGAGGGAUCUUAUGGCAAAGUAAAAGAGAUGCUGGACUCAGAGACACUUUGUCGCAGGGCUGUCAAGAUACUGAAGAAGAAGAAGCUGCGGAGGAUUCCUAACGGAGAAGCCAAUGUGAAAAAGGAGAUUCAGCUGCUAAGAAGACUCCAACACAAGAAUGUGAUUCAGUUGGUGGACGUGCUCUACAACGAAGAGAAGCAGAAAAUGUAUAUGGUGAUGGAGUAUUGCGUUUGUGGGAUGCAAGAAAUGCUGGACAGCGUUCCUGAGAAAAGGUUUCCAGUAUUUCAAGCUCACGGGUACUUUUGCCAACUCUUAGAUGGCCUUGAAUAUUUGCACAGCCAGGGAAUAGUUCACAAAGACAUUAAACCAGGGAAUCUGCUGCUGACCACAGACGGGGCUCUUAAAAUCUCCGACCUGGGAGUAGCAGAGGCCCUUCACCCAUUUGCAGAGGAUGACACAUGUCGCACCAGUCAGGGCUCUCCGGCCUUUCAGCCUCCAGAGAUUGCCAACGGACUGGACACCUUUUCAGGGUUUAAAGUGGACAUUUGGUCUGCUGGAGUAACACUAUACAACAUUACAACAAGCCUGUAUCCGUUCGAGGGGGACAACAUCUAUAAGCUAUUUGAGAACAUUGGAAAAGGAGACUACACUAUUCCUGAGGAGUGUGGACCCCUCCUGUCGGACCUGCUGCGAGGAAUGCUUGAGUAUGACCCUGCGAAGAGGUUUUCCAUACAGAACAUAAGACAACACAACUGGGUGCGUAAGAAACACCCACCAUCUGAGCCCCCUGUGCCCAUCCCUGCCAGCGCAGAGAGCAGGGACCCUUGGCGGAGUAUGACGGUGGUGCCCUACCUGGAGGACCUGCAUGGCUACACCGAGGAGGAUGAUGACGAGCUCUACGAUGGAGAGGAUGAGAUCAUAUACACUCAGGACUUCACAGUGCCAGGACAAGUGGCCGAAGAAGAUCAGGAUCAGGGGAAUGCAGACCACAGUCCAGCUGUAGCCAAGCCAGUUUGUGUGAACGGGACAGAGGGGGGCUCCCUGAACAGCAAGGCCAAAGCCGAACGUCGAUCCUCCUCCUCAUCCAACCCUUCACGUAAAGGAGUCUCCACAGCCAGCAAGAUCCGCAAGCUCUCCACCUGCAAACAGCAAUGACCCCCCCACCAUGACCAUCCUCCCUCAGCAACAGCCCACCUGGUUGAUCUGACCCCGUCCUUCUGUGUCUGGAGUCCUCACGGUUGUUAAAGAAACCUGCUGAAGUUAAUACUCCCCCACCCCACCCCUAAUCUCCCCCCCCCCC